AUGUACUCAGAGGAACUAGACGAGCAGCGAGUAGUUCUCUUCCAGCAGCUCAAGCCACUCUGCCUAUCUCUGCUCCAAUCCGUACCUGUCACACGCUCAAAUACCACUCGAAUCACACAGCUACUAUCAACCCUUCAUGCAACUCUUGCUUCCGUUUCCAAUGCCUCCAAUGUGUUAACUCUUAAUUUGAUUGAAUAUGUGUUUAAUUGUUUGCAGCAUUUAUUCCAGACUGCAGAGUGUCCUCGAAGCGACGCGUUUAUUGAAGGAUUCCUGAAAUGUACGCUUGUUAUGCUAGAAGCCAGUUGGUGGCAGUACAUGACACCGACUUUAUAUCGGCAGUUAUUUAUAUUUUUUGUCAGUAUCAUUGAAGGACCAGAACGAAGCAAGGAAAGGGAGAAACUCAAAGAGAGGAAUAAAACCAGCAAACAAAAAGAAUCUAUCAAGACGCCUGGCGAUACACCUGAUCACAAAUCCGAUGAAAAAUCUAAUGAUAACGAUAACACAAAAAGUCAGAUAGGCUCGUUGUCGGAAGAUACAAAACUCACCUGUCUUCGAUGUAUUCUGGCCCUUAAUCCGCCUCAUAGUCAGCAGCAGCAGUCACUUCAACAGGAACUUCGCGAUCCUCAAAUGCGCAUUGUGUCAGGCCGAUGUAUAUUCAUUCUGCUUGAAUAUAUUAAAGCAGAACGAAUGCUCGAGCUAAGAGUGCGGUCUCUGGAGACACUUCAAAUGAUAACAAACAGUCUAGAGGAUGCGAGCGUUGUGGCAUCAUAUCUACCCGGAGUCGUCAGCACACUUGGAAAUACUUUGAUAGAAAGUCAAAAGGAAAAUCACCGAUUACUGACAAGUAUUGUAGACGUAUUAGGCGAUAUAAUAAUAUUGGUCAUGAAGGAUAGUGUGAACGAUGAUAUAAUAACGAAAAUUGAAGAUUUACAGGAUUUGAAAAUAUUUAUCAACACGGCCAACGACUCGAGUGAAUUAAAAAAGGAACAAUCGGAAGAGCGAAAACCCAUGUAUAUUAAUCGUACUGCUUCAUGGCACAAGGCAACGUCGUAUCAAAUAAAAACACUUCUUUCUCAAAUCUUUACUAUUCGUAAUCACUCGUCUGCGCACUUGCGUCUUUCCUUUUCCAACUUUUCUUAUAAGCUACUUUUAUCAUGUUCCAAUUCUCUUUCUUCAUCACUAGCCAUUCUUCUCGAGACGUUACUACUGUACUUGUCAGACUCGUACAUCGAAGUGUCCAUCCCCACAAGACAUCACAUAGUAUCUUUACAACAUCAACAUGGGACAAAGUUUGAACAAUUGUUUGUUCCUACAAUGAAGGAGAAUCUGGACAAGUGGCUGACAAAUCUGCCAAGAUAUCUUAUAGGAGUAGAUGAAAAUGCAAAGAGAACAGUCUUGGAUCUUAUAUCAGGACAUGUGAGAGUCUUGGGCAGGGACGUGCAGAGCGUGCUGAAUAACAGUCUGGUCAGAAUGUCGUUUGGAUUGUUAGCUGCUGUCGAAUUCGACAAGAGUGUAACUAGGGUUGGUGUAGUAGAGAGAGAUAUCGGCGCCAUAGAGGGCAUAGAUUCUGGAAUUUUAGAAACAAAUGAAGUGGUUACUGCAUCAUCGUCAGUUAUUCCUGCUUUUCCAUCAACAAGCUCAAUUUUUUAUUCUCCGGUCCCGUCCUCUCUGCCUCCAUUUCCUCGAAUCCCUUUUAAACACCUUAGCCAGUCGGCAGUUCAUCAUUCACUCUCGACACUUUUCAGACUUUUUGGUUAUUAUGGUAACCUCUCGUUCCUGGUUGACCAUUUUCUCUCAUUUGCACAAAACAACUCGCCAAGAUUUCACGCCGAGUGUGUAUUAAUUGUCAACGAAAUAGUGCUUGGUGCCGGUGGAUAUGGGAUUAAUGAGGAAGAGGAUGACAUCGGAAGUAGGUUAUUUGACAGGAAAACAAGAACUGGAAAUGAAUUUAGCAAGGACUUUUUUGACGUCAACGGAAGAGCGGCUAAUGAUUAUAAAAACGUAAAAGAGAUCGCCAAAGCUUUGGUUACAGAGUAUGUCGAGUGGAACAGAGAAAAGACAGGAGACCGUAUAAAUGGGACGGAUGAAGAGUACACACUUGUUCAAUCUAUGCGAGAUAUCACUUUGCGUCAUAAUGCCCAGACAUCAAUAUCAACGUCUGCUCUUACCGCUCCAACGUACUCUCAAGCGAACGUAGUUAUACUACAAUCUCAACUUCUCCGCGGCAUAUCGAUAUCGUCCACAAUUCUUUGUAACGCCUUCCGUCCUCUUCUUCUUACUGCUCUAUAUCCUAUUCUUUCUUCACUUACCUCUUCACACUCGCUUGUUUCAAGUACAGCCCAGACGGCCCUGGUUCAUGUCUCUUACGAGUGCGGAUAUGCCUCUCCAUCUGAACUCAUUCUUGAUAAUCUUGAUUAUAUUAUUAACGAUGCAUCAAGGAAGUUACAGAAGCUGCGAGAAGAAAUGGAAGUGAUUGAUGUGUUGAGCAUGGUUGUCAAGAUUGGGGGAAUUGGCGUGUUACUCUAUAUUGAAGAUAUUGUCAGAGAUAUAUUGACGCAAAUGGAUAAAUGGAAUUUGGAUGAAGAAAUCGUUGCAAGGCUAUCGAGAGUGCUUGAGAAUGUUGUGUUGGUCGUUGGAAAUGAGCAAAAGGAUAGUAAGGGUACCAGCGAUACGAAAGGAGACGAUGGUGUGUUGGAAGAGGAUAAGACAAGCGAAAAAGUGAAUUCGUCUGGAAAUACAGUUACGACUGAAUAUGGAACAAUAUCAUCAGAAAUAGCCGAUUUUGUCGCGUCAUACUCUCCAGACGCGCCAUGCCGUCUGCUUCCGUCAGAGAAAGCAACACUUGAUGAAAUAGGUGAAUACUUUCUCGACAUUCGUCGGCAAAGAGAAUCGCAAGAACUCUCAACAGACCAAGAUGCAUUCAACAAUGACAGCGUAGCGAAUCACAACGAGUCUUUGCAGUCUCCAGAGGAGGCAACCCCGGUUCUAACACAGUCUCAGCAGAUAACACUCUCGAUUGUUGAUAAACUUGUGCACUUUCUUCCUGCUUCGUCGCCACAUCUUCGAUACACGGCACUUUGUAUCAUCCGCUUGGCUCUUCCUGUUUUUUAUUCACUUCCUAAGGAGCUGAAUCCGCUGGUUCAUCGCUUAUGGCCAUUGAUUAUGAAUAGGUUGGGUGAUGGAGAACAUUAUGUAGUACUCGCGGCUGCAGAAGUAAUCGAGACGAUCGCGAUAACAAGUGGUGAUUUUGUUAUGCGUAGGAUUAUUGAUGAUGUGUGGCCAAGAUUUAAGACGUUAAUGGACAGACGAGGGAAAGGUGUGAGCAACGACGUGAUAGAUACCUGGGAAUAUUCGAUUAGUCAUCGCAUGAAAGUAUCUAUUCUGAGUACUAUGUGUAUUACUAUCAAGAACGUAGAAUUAACCAGCGAGAUGUUAUUCGAGCUGAUGGAUAUAAUGUAUCCAUUAUUAAAUAAGAGACAACACGAGAGAAUACAGAAUAUCGUGACAGAAUUGUUUGAGGCUAUUGCUGAGAGACAUGCGGACGCCGUGUGGCUGAUAACAAAAGGAUUGGUUAAAGAGUAUUCGGUAGUUCGAGUAGAAAAAGGACAUAUAAGCGAUGAGAUUAUGCGUAAUAUCGUAUGGCCAGAGCAUUUGCAAAAGUAUUCAAAAGAAGAUGGAGGAGAAGCAUACCGAAAUAAUGUAGACAAGAUAUUGGAAAAAAUACAAUCACAGGAAGUUAAAUCCUAA